UUUCCUCGCGAAAAAGAAUUUUGUAAAAAGGAAAAUAGAAUCUGCUAAUCUCUUCCUCCGGUCUUCCUCGCUUCCUUCUCCGCAUCACUCGCGCUCGAAUUUCAUUGCACCUUUUUCCAUCUCUCCUUCUUCUUCUCCUAUAUCGCCAGAGCUUGAGAAAAAAUCUACAAUCUCAGGUUUCAGUUUUUAUCGGAAUGUCUUCGUCCGGCGGUAACUCUGGCGACGGAGCUGGCGGUGGCGCCGCCUCGCAUGGCCCUCAGCUCUUCUUCUGCUAUACGUGCAAUCGUACGGUAACCAUUACUCCCUCAUCAUCCUCCGAUCUUUUGUGCCCCAACUGCAACGAUAGCUUCGUUGAAGAAAUGGAUAGUCCAAACCCUAACCCUAGCCCUGUUCCCAAUCCUUUCCUCUCCUUCACAUCCGAGGCAUUUCCGCCGUUCAGCUCCGGUGGCGGUGGAAAUGGAGGUUUCCCGAUUAUAUUCUCCACGACAUCAUCAUCCGGUGGCAUUGGCGGUGGCGGUUCUAUGAUGAAUGAUCUAUCGGCGCUAUUGGGAGGCGGUUCUCAUCGGUCGUCGUCCUUGCAAGACCCUGACGGUUUUAGUCCCUUGCUCUUCCUCCAGAACUAUCUUCAAAGCGCUAAUGUUCAAUUGGUAAUCCAGAACGCAUCGGGAGAGGCGUUUCAUCCAUCUUCCAAUUUCAAUCUUGGAGAUUACUUCUUCGGCCCUGGCCUCGAGCAGUUGAUUCAACAACUUGCUGAAAACGAUCCGAACCGUUAUGGAACCCCUCCCGCUUCAAAGUCGUCGAUUGAGGCACUUCCAAAUAUCAAAAUUACGGAGGAAUUGUUGGCCUCAGAUUCUUCCCAGUGCGCUGUGUGUAAGGAUACGUUUGAGCUCAACGAGGAGGCGAAACAGAUGCCUUGCAAACACAUAUAUCAUGCAGAUUGUAUCAUUCCAUGGCUGGAAUUGCAUAAUUCUUGUCCGGUAUGUCGAUAUGAAUUGCCCACAGAUGAUCCUGAUUACGAGCAAAGGAAUCGUGGGACUUCAGCUCCUAAUCGAAGUCAAAGCGAAAGUCAACCCUUUGGUGAUUCUUCUAUCCGUGGGGAAAAUGUUGGUGGAAGCGAUCCUAAUUCCGACGAGAAUUCACCGAGUCAACAUGAGCGGAGGGUUAGGAGGAUAGCAUUUCCUUGGCCAUUCAGAGGUUUUGGUUCGGCCGCCGAGACUAGUAACAGCGGAGGUGGCAACAAUAGUGGAAAUAGCGACGAACCUAGCUCCAGAAAUAGGGGAAAUCAGAGCUCGUCAGAACCCAUGCAGGAAGAUCUUGAUUGAUGAUUACUGGUAUUUGAAUGGUACUACGAAAUGAGAGUCAUCCACAAAUCACCAUGUCCAUGCCUUGGCAAUAUUUAUGUGUGAUAAGAUUUGAAGAAUGAAAUCGGAUACAAUAAGAGCAGGACUUUGAAUGAAUUUGGAGUUGUAUUAGAUAUGGACCUCUGGGUAUUUGUAUCUCAAUCCUUUAUUGACUAUUUUGCAAUAAACUUUUCAUUAAUUUUUCCAUGGAGAGAGCUAACAUAAUUUUUUUCUUUUUUUCUUGUAAUUUAUCUUCUGAGCUUGGUUAAAUUUCCCUCAUUGUCUUAUGCGUUUGACAAAUAAUUUAUAUUGCUUUAUGAAUCUUGAACUCAUUUUUCUCCAGCAUGCACGUUUCCCUACCUGAAAACAUCAAAAAAGUUUUAUGCUUAUGUUGCCUGUAUGUGAAGUAACUAUGGAAAAUAGCAAUCGACCCUUUAUCUUUUAAUCUUGUUUAGGUAGGAUGGAGUUCAGAUACUAUAUAAAUAGGCUCAAAAGUACCUCCUGGGUCGCAGCUGAAUAUUUGUUUUAAAACUUUUUUAGGAAUUGACAAUUUUAGUGUAGCCUGUUAUAUUUACACACAUUCAUAAGGUGAGAAACUUCACCCUGUUUAAUGCCAUGCUCAGAUUCUUGUUAUGAUUUGUAGCCUAGCUGUUAUCAGGCAGUCUUAUCUGUGGUGUGUUGCUAAUAAUGCUUCUCAUCUUCGUUCUCAUAAAAAAAAAAAAAAA